GGUUGGUGGUCAUGACGUAGGAAUCAUUGACAGUUAGCCGCUGUAUAUCAGUCUCUCAGUUUGACUGCUAUCGUACGCAGUAAAUUCAAGUGAUUUCAAUCACACAAAAACACUGCGAUUGAAUAAUAAAUGGCCAAAUUCCAUUAUACUUUGAACAUAUUUGUGCAUUGAAUUUCGAUUUACAAACAUUGUGGAGAGUGUAAAAUACACUGAGAUUGCAGCAACAAUCUAAGCAAACAUUGUUUGGUCAUUAAAUACUCACUGUGUUUUUCGAUUGUGUUCAGAGACUAAAAUUAAUUAUCAAAAUGAAUGACAAUUUUUCAAUGAAACGAAGAUUCAACGGUGGUGCAACGUUGAGUGAAGAUAGUAGCGAAGAUGAGACGGAUUUCGUUGAGCCACCGCCAGCGAAGAAACAGUUUGAGAAUUAUUCGUCGCCAGCGCUGCGAAUGAUGCAGAAAAUGGGCUACUCCGGUCAAACUGGUCUGGGUAAACAAGAACAAGGGCGAUUAGAGCCAGUUGAAGCUUCUACACAAAAAGGGCGUCGUGGUUUGGGCUUAAAAUUGGAUGGCUUAGAUUUGGCUGCACAAAAAUGGACACCCGAUAUGGAAAAUAUUCAAUUAAGUGAAACAGUCGAUUUUAUUUCCGAUUAUUCCGAUGAUUUAGAAACCAAAUCGUACGAUGAACUGAGAGCGUGGAUGGUUGAAGGGCCGAAAAAAUUGACCAUUGACGAUGAGACGAAAUUUUGUAAUCCAAACGUUCUGCGAAAUGUGUUGGCUUCAAAAACAGUAUUCGAUAACUUGGGAGCCGAUGAUAUGAGAAAUGCCCGUACAAGAAGCAACCCAUUCGAAACCAUUGGCAGUGCGAUAUUCCUGAAUCGAGCCGCUGUUAAAAUGGCCAAUUUGGAUGCAUUGUUUGAUUUUAUGUUCACGAAUCCAGUCGAUGAAGGCGAGAUGCCGCUUGUCAAAGAAAAUGAACUGCUAUAUUUUGCUGAUGUUUGCGCCGGACCGGGCGGUUUCUCGGAAUAUGUACUGUGGCGCAAGAAAUGGGAAGCCAAGGGAUUUGGUUUCACACUGCGAUGUGAAAACGAUUUUAAGCUGGACAAAUUUUUGGCUGGUCAUCCAGAAACAUUUGAUACGUACUAUGGUAUUAAGGGCGAUGGCAAUGUGUACGAUCCAGACAACAUCGAGUCACUGACGGAUUAUGUGCUGAAACAGUCUUCAAUGGGCGUACAUUUUAUGAUGAGCGACGGUGGCUUUUCGGUCGAAGGACAAGAAAAUGUUCAAGAGAUCCUAUCAAAGCAAUUGUACCUGUGCCAAUGCCUCACAGCACUGUCUAUUGUCCGCGUCGACGGUCAUUUCGUUACGAAACUCUUCGAUUUGUUUACACCGUUCAGCGUUGGACUCAUUUACUUAAUGUACAAAUGCUUCAAGAAGAUUUGCAUCGUCAAACCGAACACCAGUCGACCAGCGAAUUCGGAGCGGUAUCUAGUGUGCAAAUGGAAGAAAUCAAACACCGAGGCAAUUCGACAGUAUUUGUUCAAUGUGAAUGAACAUCUCUACGAUAAUGGUAACACCGAUUCCGACAUCAACGAAUUGGUUCCGCUUGAGGUGAUGCAGAGCGAUGAAACAUUUUACAACUAUAUUUGUGACACCAACAAUGUGAUUGGUGACAAUCAAGUGGUGGCCCUAUUGAAAAUCGCUCACUAUAGCCGAGACGUAAAUUUGAAGGAGCCACGACAAGAGGAGUUCAAAAAUAAUUCAUUGGGUAUUUGGAACGUUCCAAACGAAAUGCGAAAGGCACCAGUGAAACCAACUCCCGAACGACUGUUUGAAAAUCUACUCAAAAAUUGGUACAAAGAGAAAGAAUUUAUGAAUUCGGAAGAGCGUUGCCUAACACUUAAGAAACGAUUCAAAGACACAUUUUUCGAUAAAACCGAUUGGGCAUUCGUUCCGAUUGAUGUCGUUGAGAAUGUGGGCAAAACGAUACGGACGUUUUUCAUGAGCAAAGGCAAUUCAGAUGUCUACAAAUACACAGAGCACCAUACAUGGGUACCAUUAACGGAGAUAUUCAUCGAAAUCACACCAAACACACUAUUCUACGGUGAGAUAGUGAAAGAGUUAACAGGCGAAGGUGGUGCACAAACCAUGGUGUACGCAAUGCAUAUAAUUGAUGGCAUCGUUCUCGGUGGCACCGACAUUCGAAACCACAAACUGGAGAAACGCAAUCGAUUGUGUCGAAAAUUUGCCGAAUCACUUAACAAGCCACAGAAAGUCAUCGGCACAAAUAGCGAUCGAGUUCAAUGUACGGCAGCAAUUCGAUGCAAAACACUUCAUUCGUUGCUCGAUCUACGACGUUUUUUCGGUUCACUCGAUUCAUACCGAUUGAAAGACAAUAAAAUACGGCUCGGUCAUCUGGUUCGCGAUCUAAUGAAUCCAAAUCGAUUCUAUGUGCCGCGAGGAUUACUGUUCUUCAAAAUCCUCAAACCAAACCUAUGCAAAAGAUUCGAUGCACACCGUCAAGAUUACUACUACACUGACCUUGCCACAAACAAACACUUUUGGCUCAAAGAUAUCCCGGAUCCAGACGCGAUUUACAGUUCGUUCAAGUCAACAUUUCCGCACCGCAAGCUAUGGAAAUGGGAAGAUCCAAGACAAGUCGCCGAGACAAUUGAUGAUGCAUGUCGCCAAGAGGAUCUUCUGUAUCGUGUUGACUUUGAACAUUUUAUAUACGAUGAUUAUUGAUUUGUAUUGUAAACAGAAAGUCGAGAAACAUUUUUUUACAAUGUUUAUGCAUUCAAUUUUAAUUAUAUUGUGAAAUAUAUAUAUAUAUCAUUAAGGCACGAAUGAAAACUAAAACCGAUGACAGCAACGCGUAUACUAAUUGAGAAAUAAGCUAAGAAAUAUUUAGGCACGAUGAUGAAUUAAA